CUCAAGGCAAAGUAGUGUCUAGAUUUGAUAAUUCACUUAUUCCAUGUCAAAGUGAAUUAGGGAGUCAAACUCACUUUGCAACUUUUCAGACUCAUGCAGACGUCGUCAAUGGAGACAUGGUGCGCUCACAUUGCUUCUUUGGUGCCCUCUGACCUCACUGCCAUUCCCAAUCCAGAUACUCCCUGCGGGAGAUGUCAUCGCCUUCCCAACCCCUAUCCGAUUUGGCGUUGCUUGUACUGUAAGGUCGUCUUUUGUGGUUUGCGCGUGGGCAGCCAUAUGUAUGAGCAUCAUAAGGAGUCAAAUCAUUCUCUUGCUAUCAGUUGCAGUAAAAAAGAUCCAGUUGUUUUUUGUUACUUCUGCAAGAUAAAUGCAAAAGCUCAUCAAGUGAUCCAACAAUUGCAGGCUUUCUCCAAGGAUAAAUCUUCUUCAUCCAAGCUAGAGAAGCUCGAUGCUAUGAUGGUUGAGGUUUCUAAUCUCAUUUCUGAACCAUUUCCUAGCUUUGAUUUUCAUCAACCAGAGGCUAAGUCAUCUGUUGGCCAGGACGAGUAUGCAUUGGCCAAGGAAGGACUCCAGAAGAUCUUUGAUCGGGGGUUAGAAGCUUUAGCUGAUGACCAAGUGCAAAAAGAGUUUCUCACUUAUACAGCCAUGCUUUUAUCAGUUGAUUCGUGCCCAUCACAGUUGAAGUCUAACCUUUCAUCAUUCACAGAAAACCUCCCAGAGGAAACCUCCACUUUUGUUCAAGCUAAACAAAAGUUGAAGGUGGUCUCUGACCUAUCAGCUUCUGUUACCCACAAGAAGUUUAUGCUCCGGCAACAGAGUUCCAAGUAUACUGAGACGAAGAAAAAAAGUAUUGCCUCAGAGGAGAAAAUUGCCAACCUUAAGGCCAGGAUUCAAAAGUUGGAAGCUUCUCUAGCCACAGAAAAGAGAAACAAGGCAAAGAUUGAUGAGGUUUUGAAUUCCAUCGAGACACAAGUAAUCACGGCCAGAGAUGGAUUGGUCUCAGACUUGGCACAAGUGUCUGCCAUGGAGGGAACAACCCAAGCUGCUAACCUAGUAGCUCAACAACAGUCGGCGUGGAAUAGCUUAAGGACUACUUUUACCAAGUUUGCAUGAUGUAUAUCGUAAUAUCGGUACAUCCUAGUUAAUCCUUAAAUGCAAAAUGAAGGAAGACAAUGUUUAACAAUCCUUUGUUGCUUGUAGUUAGACAAACUGAAUUCUUUUUUUUUUUUAAUACAAUAGACAAACAUGU